GUUUUUAUAGUGAAACGAAACCUAAUCUACAAGGCCAAACAAAGUCAUGCCUACCUACGAGUUAUCGGUUAUAAUAAAAGCUUUACAGCGGCCUGAGCUAGCCCAGGUCAUCAAAAGAUGCUGCACACAUGUUUUGGACCAAGGGGGAAUGAUCAGAAAAAUGGAGAACCUUGGUUUGAAGCCCUUGCCUUACAGGAUGAAAAACCAUGGACAGAAAUUUUAUGAAGGAAACUAUAUCCUGAUCCAUUUUGACGCACCAACAACCAUACCUAAACAGCUGGGCGAGAUCUUUACGUUGGACACAGACAUCAUACGUAAAAAUAUUUUCACCCAGGAGGAGUUUUCUCCCCCCUGCUUGCUUAAACCCUGUGAGUUUGGAGAGCUGAGCAACCCAGAUCACGAGAAGAGUAUUUGGUGGCGUCGCGUCAGGAGGAGGAACAUGAGGUGGGAGAGGAGAAAGGAGCAGAAGAAGGUCUAGGUCACAGCCAUGGAUUGAACAAUUGAUUCGUUGGAUUGUCAGAGAUUGUGUGGUGAUACCACGGUGCAGUGAGUGAUAACACAACGGUGUGAGUGAUUGCGAUUGUCAGAGAUUGUGUGGUGAUACCAUGAUGGAGUGAGUGAUAACACGACGGAGUGAGUGAUUGUGAUUGUCAGAGAUUGUGUGGUGAUACCACAAUCGAGUGAGUGAUAACACAACGGUGUGAGUGAUUGUGAUUGUCAGAGAUUGUGUGGUGAUACCACAAUCGAGUGAGUGAUUGAUUUGUUUGACUAUCAGUGAACAGAUGUAAAGACUUAGUGUACUGUAUCUGUUGUGGUGUGGCACCAAUGUUUACUGUAUCUGUUGUGGUGUGGCACCAAUGUUUACUGUAUCUGUUGUGGUGUGGCACCAAUGUUUACUGUAUCUGUUGUGGUGUGGCACCAAUGUUUACUGUAUCUGUUGUGGUGUGUCACCAAUGUUUACUGUAUCUGUUGUGGUGUGGCACCAAUGUUUACUGUAUCUGUUGUGGUGUGGCACCAAUGUUUACUGUAUCUGUUGUGGUGUGGCACCAAUGUUCAUUUUGUUUGGCAUUACUGAAAACAUAACUUCAUUCAUUCAUGUAACACAAGCUAAAAUGUUUGAAAUA